AUCGCAAAAACCUCCUCCUCUGCAGUCUGCAGUCCCCGACAUCUUCUCCGAUCGCCCCGUGCCGCCGCCGCCUCCUCUUCUUCAUACUAUUGCCCGCCGCCUCCGCCGCCUCAUCACCCGCCGUUUACGGCGGUGCGGGAUGGCUCUCUCCGCCGGCGAUGUGCCGACCAUGUACGCUGUCCUCGUCAACUCGCUCAGCGCCGACGAGGCUGCGCGCCGCCCGGCGGAGGCAGCUCUCGCGCAGUGCGAGACCCGCCCGGGUUUCUGCUCCUGCCUCCUGGAGAUCAUUUCGGCGAGGGGAUUGGCUUGUCGCGAGGAUGUGCGCCUCCUCGCCACAGUCUAUUUUAAGAACAGUAUCAACCGCUACUGGCGGCAUCGCCGCGAUUCCUAGUCAGCCCCGCUACCCCCACUCUCUCCGUUUCGUUAAUUAACUCAUUCAUGUCUGUGUUUCAAAGCCUGUCUGCAGGGGUUAGUGAGUGGGCAGGCAGGGUAUUUUGUUCUUGACAACACCAUGUGGAAUUAGCAAUGAGGAGAAGGACCACCUUCGGAAAAAUCUUCUGCUAAAUAUUCGUGAGGAGAAUAGCCAGAUUGCACUGCAGCUAGCUGUACUAAUAUCCAAGAUUGCGCGCUUGGAUUACCCAAAAGAGUGGUCAGACCUUCUCUCUGUAUUGGCACAACAACUGCAAUCUGCUGAUGUUCUUGCUUCGCAUCGCGUGUUUAUGGUCCUCUUUCGAACUUUAAAGGAGCUUUCAACUAAACGGCUUGCCGUGGAUCAAAAGAAUUAUGCAGAGAUCACUGGCCACUUGUUUGAGUACACCUGGAACCUUUGGAAGAGCGAUGUGCAGACUAUAUUGCAGAAUCUUUCUAUGCUCUUGCAGCGAAAUGACAUGGAUUCCAUUUUGGAGCAAUCAAACGACCUUAUUUUGAUUUGCGACCGGUGGUUGCUCUGCUUAAAGAUCAUUCGACAGCUAAUUUUUUCAGGUUAUGCUAGUGACUCAAGAACUGCACUGGAGGUCUGGCAGGUCAGGGAAGUUUGUCCAACGGUUUUGACAGCCAUUAAAUCCCUUCUUCCAUAUUACGACUCCUUUAAAGACAAGCAAGCUAAACUCUGGGACUUUGCAAAAAGGGCAUGCAUUAAGUUGAUGAAAGUCCUUGUUACCUUACACGGCAGACAUCCAUAUUCUUUUGUUCACCAAACUGUGCUUCCAGCUAUAGUUGACUUCUGCUUAAACAUGAUUACAAGUCCUGAACAGGCUGGCACAUCUUUCGAGGAGUUUCUUAUACAAAGCAUGGUUUUGGUUAAAUCAGUAUUGGAGUGCAAAGAAUACAGACCAAGUCCCACAGGGCGGGUGAUCCAUGAAAAUGCACAGCCUUUAAGUCUGGAGCAAAGAAAGAAAAACUUUGCUGCAGUGGCUAGUGACAUGCUGAAGGUCGUUUUGCCUGGUGAUCGAGUCAUGUUGCUUUGCAACAUUUUAGUAAGGAGAUACUUCAUUUACACAGCAAAAGAUUUGGAAGAAUGGUCAGAGAAUCCUGAGUCCUUUCACCAUGAGCAGAAUUUGGUUCAGUGGACUGAGAUAAAACGGCCAUGUGCUGAAGCCCUCUUCAUUGUUAUCUUCGAGAAGUAUAGAGAGCUGCUAGCUCCAGUUGUUGUUUCUGUUCUUCGCGAAGCUAUGGCUGUUUCUCCACCACAAGAAACUGAUGUUACUGCUGGAAUGCUUUUAAAGGAUGCCGCAUAUACAGCUGCUGGGCAUGUUUAUUAUGAACUUUCGAACUACCUCAAUUUUAAUGAAUGGUUCCAUGGAUCUCUAUCUAUUGAAGUUUCAAAUCAUCACCCCAACAUGCGUAUCAUUCGUAGAAAAAUUGCAUUGCUACUUGGGCAAUGGAUUUCUGAGAUCAAGGGUGACACUCGGAAAUUGGUCUACCACGCUUUGGUUGGAUUGCUGCAGGAUAAUGACAUAGCUGUUAGGCUAGCAGCAUGCUCUUCUCUGUGUUAUCUAUUCCAAGAAUCUAGUUUUUCGGAACUAGAUUUGUUUGAAUGUCUUCCUACAUGUUGGACAAUGAGUUUCAAGUUGAUAGAAGAUGUUCAAGAAUUUGAUUCAAAGGUGCAAGUGUUGAACUUCAUUUCAGUUCUUCUUGAACAUGCUGGAGACAAGAUUAUUCCAUUCGCAAGUCAGUUAUCACAAUUUUUCCAGAUGAUAUGGGAUGAAUCUGCAGGUGAAAGUUUGCUACAGAUUCAAUUGCUAACGGCACUGAAAACUUUUGUUUCUUCACUUGGAUUCCAGUCACCUCUUUCUUACCAUGUGCUUAUUCCUAUACUCCAAAAUGGCGUUAAUAUUGACAGUCCUGAUGCUCUUAAUCUUCUUGAAGACAGUGUUCUGUUAUGGGAAGCAACCCUUUCAAACGCCCCUUCCAUUGUACCUCAACUUCUGGAUUUAUUCCCUUACCUUGUGGGCAUUGUGAAUCGAAGCUUUGACCAUCUGGAGGUUACAAUCAAAAUAAUUGAGGAUUAUGCAAUUUUUGGUGGAUCAGAAUUUUUGAAAAGCCAUGGUGCAAGUUUAGCGAACAUCAUUGAUACUAUUAUUGGAAAUGUCAAUGACAAAGGACUUCUCACUUCACUUCCUAUUGUUGAUCUUCUUAUUCAGAUUUUUCCUCUGGAAGCUCCACCAUUGAUGUCCAGUGCUCUUCAGAAACUUAUCUUCAUAUCUUUGAGUCAAGAUGAUGGGCAGAACCCAUCAAGGACAGCUGUUCGUGCAUCCUCUGGAGCUAUUCUUGCCAGGCUUCUGGUGAUGAACACCAACUUUUCAGCACAACUAUUAUCAGAACCUCCCCUUUUGGCGAGCAUCCAACAAGCGGGUAUUGCUGUGAGCAAUAAUAUGCUUAUUUCAUUAAUUGAUAUGUGGAUCGACAAGGUAGAUGAUGCAAAUGCUACACAGCAGAAGGAGUACGCAAUGGCUCUUUCAGUAGUUUUGACCUUACAGGUACCUCAGGUCAUCGACAAACUUGAUGACAUAUUAAGUGUCUGCACCACUGUCAUAAUAGGAAGCCGUGAAGUAAAGACUAUCGAUGAUACUAGUGGCGAUAUUACAAGCUCUUCCUGGAUAGGCAAUGAUUGUUCAGGUUAUUCCAAUACUUCAAGCAAAGAGUUGAGGAAGCGCCAAGUAAAGGAUUCAGAUCCUAUCAAACAAGCAUCGCUAGAGAAUGUGCUAAGAGGGAACUUGAAAGCAUGUGCAGCUCUCCACGGGGAUGCAGCAUUCAAUGCGGCCAUAAGCAGGAUCCAUCCAUCAGCAUUCGCUCAGCUCCAGCAGGCCCUGAAUACUGCAUAAGAUGUGCAUAGCUCCUUGAUUCUUUGGUGUUCUUUUCAGUGGACUAUUCUGAGGAACAUGCAGUGCGUUGUGGGGCCACCAUGGUGUAGAGUGCCAGGCCAUAGAAUCACAGUGCUGCCAUUUGAUGCGCCGCAUUUUCCAGCCUAGCGGUGAUGUACCCAACUGUUGAAUGUGGGAUCUUACAGCAGUGUAGAGUGGCGGAGCUAGCGUGCGAGCAUGUAGAGGUGAUAUGGGGCUGUUUAUUCUUUUCAGAUAUUUUUGCUUAUUUGGGUCUGUUGAGGCGUGUCAUAUGGUUUGUGGUGUGGCAUAGGAGGAUUGGGUUGAUUUCGUCAGUCCUGAGGAUGGCAGAGUUUUUAGAGCUGCCCAUUCCAAAAUGACUGACUGGUGGUCCGGGGUUUGAUUAUUUUUUUUCCUCCUCCCUGGUAAAAUCAAAAGCAUGGCGUCAUUCAUCAUGCUAGUAACCCUGUAACUGUUUGAGAAUGAAGUUGUCGUGUGGGAGGAUAGAGUGUUUACUCUAGAAUGCAAUUUUGUUUCUAGAGGGUUUUUUUCCCUCUCCAGUAACGCAUUCAUGCUCUUGUAUUGUGCCAUA